UGAACAGCCAUGAAAGGGCUUCCUGGAAAACAAGACAAAACAAAACAAAAUCCAUGUUUCCCAACUCACAUGGCUCUAUUCUACCAGGGAGAGAAAGAGCCCACACUGGCAGAUGCUGAAAUUUUAAGAGUAGACGCAGUUUUGCAAAGUCAUUGAACUCUGAGCUCACUUGCCAUCCAAGGUUAGCCAUGCAGGAUGAAGAUGGAUAUAUCACCUUAAACAUUAAACCUCGAAAGCCAGCUCUCACCUCAGUUGACACUGCUUCCUCUUCUUGGCGUGUGAUGGCUUUAAUCCUACUGGUCUUGUCCAUGGGGCUGUUUGUCGGGCUCGUGGCUCUGGGAAUCAUGUAUGUCACACAGCAAAAUUACCUACUAGCAGAAAAGAAAAAUCUCUCUGAAACUCUACAACAAUUAACAAACAAGGCCUGCCAAGAUUUAAUAAAGCUGUCAGAAUUGAAAACAAAGAGAAGCUUUGAACACACGUGCAGCCCCUGUGAGACUAAGUGGAGAUACCAUGGAGACAGUUGCUAUGGGUUCUUCAGGCACAACCUGACUUGGGAAGAGAGCAAGCAGUACUGCGCUGAACAGAACGCAACUCUUGUAAAGACCGCCAGCCAGAGAACUGUGGAAUACAUCACAGACAGGACCAGUUCAAUUCGUUGGAUUGGAUUAUCCAGCCAGAAUGCUAAUAAACUCUGGACAUGGGAAGAUGGUUCAGUUCUUUCCAAGAAUAUGAUUGACCUUUCUGGGAACACAAGAGAAAAUAAGAAUUGUGCUUUUCUUCAUAAUGGGAAAAUCCACUCAACUUCCUGUAAGGACAGACAUUAUUUAAUGUGUGAGAGGAAGGCUGGUUUGGCAAAGUUGGACCAACUGCUUUAAUGCAAAAAGAUGGACAGGAUGUCAGAUAAGUGCUUGAUUGUGCAAUAAAAGAUCUGUUUGAACAAA